AUGUUGUCAACUUUUGAAACCUUACCCGAUGAAAUUUUAAUGAUCAUUUUGAAAUAUUGUGGUGAUGCUUAUACAAUAUUAAAAAUAUUUCUUGGUUUUAAUCAACGUUUAAAUAUGAUUCUUAUUGAUAAACGUUUACAUUUAUUAACUGAUUUUUUACAUAUUAAUGUACGAGAUGAUUAUUAUAAUUCUGAAGUGUUUCAACAAUUAUCUAAACAAUUAUUAUCUAUAAAUACAACAGUCGAUGAAGAAAAACUUUCUUCAAUUUUACAAACAUUACUUAGUUUUCAUAUAAAACAAAAAUAUAUUCAAUUGGGACAUGAAUUUCAAUUAUAUCUUGAAAAUUUUAAAUUUAUUCGUCAAUCAUUGACCACUGAUGAAAUUAUUAAAAUAGAUCAUAAAUUAAAAAUAGAAUUUGAUAGUUUAUACAAUGAUUCUAUACGUAUAGAAUCUAUUAAACUUAUUAAAUCAUUUGUUUUAACAAAAGGUGCUUGUUGUACAUGUGAUGAUUAUGAAUUAUGUCGAUUUAAUCUUACUAAAGCUGUAAAUGAAUUAUUUCUUUCUCAUAUUAAUGAUAUUCAAUUAAAAUAUUCAAUAUCAAUCAAUUCAUUUUUACAAUUAUUUAAAAUUCUAAUUAUUUCAAAUACUUCUCUAAUAAAUAAUCGAGAUUAUGUUGGUAAUGGUGGUUGUAAUCUUGAAUAUUUUCUUAUAUAUACUCUUUAUAAAUUAGGACAUUUUUAUCAUGAUAAAUCUUCAAUUCCUAUCAAUAUGAAAUAUUAUCGAGCUACGAUUGAUUUAUUUCUUUUUAUUAUACAAUGUCAAAAACAAAUAUUUGAAAAUGAAUAUUACAUUCGAGAGAGUAUGUUUAAUAUUCUCGAAAUGAUUUCGAAAAUAAAUAAUGAUAUAUUUAUUCAAGUUAUUCAAUGGGAAAUAUUGAAAAUAGUUGUUCAUGAAUAUAUUCUAAAAGCAAAUGAAUUAUGGAAUGAUUAUUUAAUAUGUAGAUUUAAACAAAUAUUAAAAAAUUUAAUUGAAAAUAAUCGAUUAGAUAUACUUAUAUAUCUUUAUCGUGAUAUUGGAUUUGAACAAUUUUUUAAUAUACAAAAUUAUACUCGACAAUGUUUAGAUUUAAUGACAAAAAAUCGAAUGGGAAGAAAAUUUUUCUAUAUGAUUGCAGAUGAAAAAUUAUUGGAACUUUUUUUUUCGAAAGAAAAUUUAAUAUUUAUUUUAUUAGAUAAAAAAGAACGUCAAUUAUUAGAAAAACUAUUGAAAUUAUCACCAUAUCUUAUACAUCAAUUAGAUGAAGAUGGAAAUGAUCCAUUACUAUAUAUAUGUCUUAAAGUUUCUGGUUGUCGACAUCGAAUUAUUGAAUUUUUAAUUAAAAUAGGAUCAAAUUUACAAAGAACAAAUUUUAAAGGACAAAAUUUUAUCGAUGUAUUACAAUUACAAAGAAAUCAAAAAUUAUUGAAAAAAUUAAUUGAACAAGAUAUCAUUACAAUUAAUAUAUAA